CUAAAACCCACAAACCAAUCAAAACCACCAAGGAACUGUCAAUCAAACCAACGUUUGUGGCGGAGUUAGCGUUUGAGUUAAGAAAACGGGGACUAAUUUAGAAUUCCUUGAUUUUCAUAUUAUGGGUGGUGUAAAGCAAGAGCAAACUGAUGCUCCUGCAUCUAAAGACCCUCACCACACUGACUCGGCACAGGAGGAGAACCAAUCGACUUCACAGCCAGUAAAGAAGCGAGGUUGGCCAAAAGGGAAAAAGAGAAAGAAGGUUUUACCAAAUGGACCCAAGGCUCCGGUUACCGGUUACGUACGUUUCCUGAAUGAGAGACGCGAACACAUCCGAGCCCUUCACCCGGAUCUUCCCUUCCCGGAAAUCACCAAGAGACUCGGAGCAGAAUGGAGCCGCCUGGUUCCUCAUGAUAAGCAGCGCUACCUAGAUGAAGCCGAAAGGGACAAAAUGCAGUAUGCACGAGAACUCAGGGAGUAUCAGAAAAGUGAAGCUUAUCAGAUCACAUGUGCAAAAGUUCAGGACAAGAGAAUAAAGAGAGAAGAGGUGGCUUCUGUCAUUAUCAAUGCCAACAGUUCAGGAUCAACUGGUUUUAAGAACUCGGACUUUACAACCAGAUUUGACGUCCCUAUUUUCACAGAAGAAUUUCUGGACCAAAACAAAGUGCGAGAAGCGGAGCUGCGACGACUGCGCAAGGCUAACGUGGAGUUCGAAGAGCAGAAUGCGGUUCUCCAGAAGCACAUUGCCGACAUGUUCAGCGCUAAAGAGCGACUGGAAGCUGAGCUGGGCCAGGAUGAGCUUCGCACACAGGCUCUACAGCGCCACCUACAGGCGAUCAAACAGACACUGGUCAGCAGCCUGGCCACUGUGCCCUUGCCAGGCACGGGCGAGACGCCAUCGAUUGGAACGCUGGACUCGUACCUGAGUCGCUUGAGUAGUGCAUUAGAGAGCAGGCCUCAUGAGCAUCGCGGCUUAGUCCUCAAGCUACAAGAGCUCUUAGCUCACCUAGACAGUGAGAAGCUUUGAAUGGUGGGAUUUAGAGGUUCUACGUCAGGCUGACCAAAGUAUUCGGAAGGCCUGGAACCCCCACGAUCUGCCUCGAACGUCUCUGCCUCACAACAAGGUGUAACAAGGGCCAUACGGUUUAAUUGGAUAUUUUGACAAGGCUAGCUUGACCGAUAAGCUAAUUUGUAACACUGGUGCCAGUGGAUUCUAAACUUAUUGACAUCAAUCACCUAAUACAUCAUAUUAUUGCUGUUUUGACAAUUACAGCAGCUCAUGGGAAGACUAAGUCCAGAAACCAUGGAUUAAAGGCAUGCUACUAUUGUCUUUACUAAGAUAUUGUAAUGAAAUGUAAAGUGUAGCGUUUUUUACAUUGGUUUACCUCUGAAGCCUUACUGCACAGCGCUGUGGAUUGCAAGAAGCUCUUGAGAAUUUCUGCGCCAUGAUUUUUACUCUAAACAUUGAGUAACAUGCUUUAGUCUUAAUUAAAAUUCCUAAGUAAUGUUGAUUUUUGGUUGUAUUCCCUUUUGAACAGAACAUAAAUCAGUCGGCAUUGCGAAGGGUGAUGAAUUCUAGCAUUAAAAUAUUUCAUGUGUCAGAGUUUACACUGCUUUAGUGAUGUACUUGAAUUGAAAUUUUUUGACAGUUUGAAUUAUUUUAAUAUUGGGUCGGGAAACUUGUGGUGAAAAAAAGAUAAUAAAAUCGGGUAAGAAUGGCUUUA